GAAAAAUCAUUUAUUUAUAAUUUAUAAUAUAUAAUUAUUUAUAAUUUAUAAUCAUUGAUUGUUUUAUUAUAUUUUUAUUCUUUCAUGAUCUAUUAAUAAAUUAUUUCAUUUAAAUAUUAUAAUAUAAUCAUAAAUUAAUGAUUACACAAUUAUUAAUAAUUAUUCAAAAAUUAUAUAAAGGUAAGUGUUACAGAGCAUAUGAUAUUUUAUUUUUGUUAAAGUGCAUAUGAUAUUUUAAUUUAUUUCCAUCUUUUAUUUUGAUGUAUAAGUGAAAACAAUUUUUCUUUUCAACAUUUAAAUUAAUUAUUAUAAAAUUCGAAAUAAGUUACAAAAAAUUUUCUUCAAUUUAUAUAAAUUAUCACAAUAUUAUUUUCAAAAUAAUUAUUUCUACUACUACUAAUAUUAUUAUUAUUAUUAGUUUGUAAUAAACUUAUCUUUCUGCUUCUUUGAAAUAUUUGAAAAAUAUAUUUAUAUUCUUCCAUUUUUUUUAAAUAUAUUUAUAAAUUUAAAAAUUUUUUUUUUUAGAAUUUAAUAAUAAAAAAUAAUUUAAAGAGAAAUUUCAAUUAUAUAACAACAUUAUGUAAUAAAGCAAGAUAUUUUUUUUAUUUUGUGAGAUUUAUUUUCUACUUUUAUAUGGAAAUUCUAGUCAUUUUAAAAAUAUAAUAUUAAGCUGUUUUUGUUUUUUUUCAAGUAACACAUUUUCAAGUAACAAAUUGAUAAUUGAACAUUCAAUAUAAUUUGAUAUAGAAGAUAAAAAUCCUGAUAAAAGAUAAAAGUCCUAAUAUAAAUAUAUAAAUAUAAAGAUUAUGACUUUAAUUUUAAAUCCAUAAUAUAUCUUAAAGUAAUAUAACAUCCAUAACAUACAUCCAUAAUGUAACAUUAUUGUUUUCAUUUUUAUUUAAUUUCAAUAUAAAUCACGAUAAUUAUAUCAAUUAUAUAUUUUUUAUACUAUUCUCAAUGAAUUGAAUUUAUGCCAUUCGUAUGUCUGUAAUAGUCCUAGUAGUGACUAAAUCUAACUGUAGAAUGCACCACUAGUUUUGCAUUCUAAUAUGGUUGAAAUUCUGAAAUUCGGUUUUUUUUUGUUUAGUUUUAACUUGUGAUAUUAAACUUGUGAUAUUAUCUUCUUUUAAAUUUAUUAUAUAGUAAAAAAAUAUAAUAAUAUAAUAAAAUGAUGCAUAUUGCAAGAGCAGAUACUUCUGAACACAGAUUUGAAAUUCAGUGUAAAUUAGAAGCAGAAAUAGCUUCUUUAGAAGUAUUAAAAGAAGCAGAAGAACGAAGUAGAAAAUUAACCAAUAAUGUUGUAGGAAUUUUGUCUUCUUUAGAACAACGUCUUGCUACAUUGCGACGUACCAUACUUCCUGUUUAUAAUGAAACAGGAAAUCUUCAAGCACAACAACAAAAUAUUGAAAUGACAUUGAAUGCUUUAGAUCAUGCUAUUGGAUAUUAUGGAGUCUGUCAAGAAGUAGAAGUUACAGUACGAGCUGGUCCAGGAGGAUCUGGAGGAUUAGAUAAUUUUUUAGAAGCAAUGAAUCGUCUUUAUAAUGCUCAACGUUAUUUUCAAAAGAAUAAUCCAAGCUCUGUAGAAUUAGAAAAUAUAACAAGUUUAUUUGUUGUUGGUUUAGAUGCUUUAUAUGCAGAAUUUCAUGAUAUUUUAACUAGACAAAGUAAACCAAUUCUUCCAAUUGUUCUUUUGGAUUUAAUUGGUUCAGAUGAAGAUACUAGUGGCGAGGAUGCUCCACAAUCUCUUUGUCAACUAUCAGAAAGUAUUUUAGGAGAUUUAGUUAAAAUUGCAGCAUGGUUAGAAGAGAGAGGACAUCGUAAACAUGUAAAGAUUUAUGCAUCUGUACGUUCUGCAAUUGUCUUAAGAUCUCUACAAUUAUUAAAAGAACAUCAAAGGAGUGCCAGUGGUGGCAGUACACAUGCAGGAAGUCCUUUACCAAAAACAAAAUUUGGAAAUAGACAUUCAUUAGGAAUUCAAGAAAUUAGUGGAAAAAGAGCCUCUAAAAGAUUACAACAUGCUUUAGAAAAAAAAGCUAGUAGAAUGUUAUUAAAAGCUUCUCAAACUACUGGUUUGGGAUUAUCUUUAACAACAUCUAGAAAACCACCACCGCAAUUAUCUGCACAUUGUGUAGAGGAUACAGCACCAGAUGAACAAGAAAUGGAAAAUUAUCUUUUAUUAACUGUUGGUCUCCAUAAACUUAUGCAAGCAGAACGAUCAUUGGUUGCUAAAAUUUUACCAAUUAGUUUACAAGCACAAGUACUAGAAGCUACAGUACGUGAAGCUAUGGAUCUUGUAGCUCAUGAUGGAGAGAGUAUAGCAACUCGUGCUAAGAGAUGUAUUAUAAGACGUGAUUUUUCCGCAGUUUUAGUGAUUUUUCCUAUUUUAAAACAUCUUGGAGAAUUAAAACCAGACUUGGAACGCACUGUUGAGGGUUGUGAUUAUGCUCUUAGAUCAAAAUUCACUUCUGUGCUUAAUACUUUAAACAUAACUGGAGCAAAAGCAUUGGAAGAUUUUGCCGAAAGUGUUAGAAAUGAAUCUAAUUCAAUUUUGCCUAAAGAUGGUACUGUAGCAGAAAGUACAAGUAAUGUUCUAGUUUUUUUAGAACAAUUAGCAGAAUACGCAGAUACAGCAGGAGCUGUUUUAAGACGGAGUGCUGAUAUGGAAAGUGCAACAUCUAUGAAACAAACAGAAAACAUGUAUAGAAUAAUACUUGGCACUUAUAUUAAAAAAGUAUUAGCACAAUUAAAUUUGGUGCUUGUAAGUAAAAGUGAUACUUCAUAUUCGGAUAUUGCAUUAAGAGCUUUGUUUCGUUUAAACAAUCAUAAUCACGUUAUAAAUGCUUUACGUCGUAGUUCAUUAAUGGAACUUUUAUUAUUAUCAGAACCAACUGCAGAACAAACAUAUUAUGAUCUCUUAUUACGUGAUAAGACUAAUUAUGUUUCUACUACUUUUGCAAAGGCACGCACUUAUCUUGAACAACCAUUUGAUGAACCAGAACCAGGAGCAAAAAUUCUGAAAGAAAAAUUUCUAGGAUUUACAAGAGAAUUAGAAGAAGUUGCUAAAUGUCAACGUUCUUAUUCUGUACCUGAUGCUCGAUUACGAGAAGAAUUACGAAAAGAACUUCAACAAGCUAUUGUUCCUCUUUAUAGAAAAUUUUAUAAUAAAUAUCGAGGAAUAUCAUUUUCUAAGAAUCCUGCUAAAUAUAUAAAAUACACUCCUGAACAAAUAUCUAUUUUAAUUGAUACAUUUUUUGACACAACGGCAUAAUAAAUAAAUAGAAAAAUUUAAUAAACACCCAUUUAAUAAAGCAUAUUUAGUUACAAUA